AUGGAUCUUAAAGAUAUAAAGUUUAAUGUUAAGGACGGUGGAGUCUUGUCAUUUCAAAUACAUAAGCUACAGGAAGAUAUGAAAAAAUUUUUAAAGGGUCUUUUAAAGGAAGCUUUGGAGUCACAAUUUUUAGUUAUAGAUAAAAAAUAUAAGCAGAUUCAAGAGGAAAUCCUGGAAAUUAAAGAUCAGAAUGACGAUAUAAGAAAUGAUGUGUUGGCCGCAUUUAAACAACUGUGUGAAUGUGUGAUCCAGUUGCAUGAAAGAAAAGUUCCAGGAGGAAGUAGAAAGAGCAGAAGAAAGAAUAGAGAGAUAAAUCAACAAAUAAUACAAACAGAUAAAGAUGAGGAAGAGAUAGUAAAAAUUCUUGAAACGGAGCAGGCAAAUUACACAUUAAGAGCUCAAAAUAUAGAAGAGGACAAAGAGAAAGUUCUCCCAGAAGUGAUGAAAGAGUCAUCGAUGGGUUUCUUGGUGAUUCAACAGUGUGAGGUAGAUGUUGAGGUAGAUGAAAUACUUAGAUUAAAUAUGAGUGAUGUAAGGAGAUAUAAGUUCCCAAGGGAAGAAGAACAUGGGAGAUCUGGCAAAAAGUCACAUCAGCUGAGGGAUAUCCUUUCCACUGCAUUAAGUAUUCAGCACUUGAAGACCAGUCUCAUUGGGAUGCAGAUGCUGCUGGAGGCCUGUGUGGAGAUAAAGGUCCUGAAAGUGGAAUGGAAGGAAGGCAAAGAUCUUUAUGGAAACACCGAGUUUGCCAAUCUCUUUCUGGCUAAAUCAAGGCCAAAGUCUCAGUAUUAUACCAUGAAAUUUCUUUCAGAAAUCAUAUAUGGAUCACUGCAAUACUUGCCUGAAGCUGUGAGGGAUGGGAAACCUCAGAUUCUAUCAAUAUAUGGCAUUUCUUCAAAUGAGUUAUAUGGAGCACUGUACAGGCACAGCAGAAGCAAAAUCAGUUCUAAGAUUUUUCCUGCAAAAACCCACAUAGGAAGUAGCGGUGGCUUAGCUAAGGAAUUUAUUUCAAAGUAUUCAAAUUGUACUGUGACACUUUUUGAUCUUCCUGAAGUUAUGGAAAUAUCUAAAAAAUAUAAUGCAUUUUCAGAUGGAUCCCAAAUCACUUUCCAUGAAGGGGAUUUUUUUAAAGAUCCAAUUCCUGAAGCAGAUCUUUACCUCUUAUCAAGAGUCUUGAUUAACUGGAAUGAUGAAAAGUGUAUCCAGCUACUUACCAAAGUAUUUACAGCCUGUAAGCCAGGUGCGGGAGUCUUAGUAAUGGAGCCAACUGUUGAUGAAGAAAUAGCUGGGUCUUUUCCUGCCCAUAUGUACGCCAUGAUAGCAUUGCUUUUGACUAGAGGAAAACUACAGAAACCAUCAGAACUUUGUAUGCUCUUCAACACAACUGGUUUUAAAGAUAUUCAGUUCAAGAAAGGAAAUGUCUUUGAUGUCAUUUUGGCCAGAAAAUAG